AGGACGAUGAUGCUUCUUAGUUUUGGUCCCUGUGGGGUUGGGAGAUGUCAAAAACCGAAGCUUUAGCGUUUUCUAGUUCUCUUUCCCUUGGCCUUUUCUUCUGCGGUCCUUCUGUAAGCUUUGAAGUUUGGUAGCGAAGAAAGAUCGAUUUUUUUUCCUUUUCGUUUCUUGAAUUCACAAGACGAAAAGGGUCGGGGUGAUUUGCAAGACAUGCAACCAAUCCGUGCACUUCAAGAGCAUGUCUUUGCAUUUCUUUACCAGUUCAUAUAUAACUCGCCCGUUCUCACCAACUUGAAUUCAAUCGCUCACCGCCAAUCGCAGCAAUGGGUUUCCGAACGGCGUAUCUCGUCAUCCUAAUUGCUGUUCUUGCCGUUCUUGCCGUCUUCGCUUCCACUGAUUUUGCAGUCCCGAUCUCGUUCUCUUCCCUUAGAGAUCUUUCCUUCGGUGCUGAGCUCUUCACCUUUCUAUCUCGUGGUCCUUGGGCCCUCUUUGAGCAGCAUGUUGCUCGCCACCACCACCGGCACCGCAAGCACCUGGAUGAUGGCCAGAGGAAGGUCUCCAUUUGCGACGACUUCCCGCCCGACAUUCCCCCUCCGGAGACUAACACGGCGUUGACCUUCUGCGUGGACCGGAAUGGGUGCUGUAACUUCACCACGGUCCAAGCAGCUGUGGACGCGGCGGGCAACUUCAGCCAGAAAAGGACCGUGAUUUGGAUCAACAGCGGCAUCUACUAUGAAAAGGUGAUCAUCCCAAAGGCGAAGCCGAACAUCAUGUUUCAAGGACAAGGGUACCUUUCGACUGCGAUCGUGUGGAACGACACGGCUAAUUCUUCGCACGGCACAUUCUACAGCGGCUCGGUGCAAGUCUUCUCAAACAAUUUCAUCGCGAGGAACAUUAGCUUCAUGAACGUUGCUCCGAUUCCGAGCCCCGGAGACCAAGGAGCACAAGCGGUGGCGUUUAGGAUCGCGGGCGACCAAGCUUCCUUUUGGGGUUGUGGGUUCUUCGGAGCCCAAGACACACUUCACGACGAUAGUGGUCGCCAUUACUUUCGGGAUUGCUAUAUCCAAGGCUCUAUUGACUUCAUCUUCGGCGACGCGAGGUCUUUGUACGAGAACUGCCAAUUGAUUUCCAUGGCCACCCCUGUGCCCCCGGGGCAGAAGCUGAUCAAUGGGGCGGUCACGGCGCAUGGGCGAGUUUCCAAGGAUGAGAACACCGGCUUCGCGUUCCUGAAAGCCAGCAUUGGGGGCACAGGGAGAAUAUUGCUUGGCCGGGCAUGGAGGCCGUUCUCUCGGGUCGUCUUUGCUUACACGACCAUGACCGACAUCAUCGCACCUGAAGGCUGGAACGACUUCAAUGAUCCCGCCAGCGACCAGACGGUAUACUUCGGAGAAUAUAAUUGCUCAGGAGCAGGAGCCAACAUGAACUUAAGAGCACCAUAUGUUCAGAGACUAAAUGAUACUCAGGCUUCACCUUUUCUCAACAUCUCCUUCAUUGAUGGGGAUCAAUGGCUGUGAUGAGCUCUCGCUACAACAUUGAUGCCAUUUUUCAAUUUCCAACCGAUUAUUUAUUUUCGCGGGUCGGGAAAACUAAUUAAUAAUUCCCACAACGAAGUGUUCAUACACAAUGAUAUACAUGUACCUCUUUCGUUUUAAGUAUCAAUGACAUUCUAUUGACUGGUGGAAGUUCUCUUCUUCAA